AUGUCACGACGCAUAAGUCUUUCGUAUCCCAUGGGUGAUCUGGGAUGCAAAAAUCAAAUCAAAGUAGCACCUGACAACGACGAGGUGUGUGAUAAGAUCAUGGAAGCUAGAGCCUUACUACUUCCUGAUUUUUCUUCAGAUGGUGAGCUGAGAAGAAUCAUAAAAAUGUGUCCAGAUCUGGACCCAUGCACGGACAUGAAGGAAGUUGUUCUUAAUCAGUGGCAACCAAAUAAUAAGCCAUGGAGAAUCGGCAUCACAUGCUGCAUCGAGCUUCAGCACCAUCAUGAGAGAUGGCUAUCAAAAUUUCCUUUCACAGUCAAUGACGUACUAUAUUGUUACAACAAUGAAGAUGUCAAUUUUUUCCAUGAUAAAACAGCCUGGUCAGCCUCAAGAUUUUAUGUCAUCCGACGACGAGGGCCACAAGGCAAACCAAAGAGGAAAUUUAUAGGUCCUUUCUAUUCUGGAGCUUCUCGUCCACUCAAAGACGUUGAUCGAAUCCCAUAUGAAAUUAAGAGUAUUCGAAAAUUACUUGGCACCCAUCAAAGCGAACGUGGAUGGAAUCUUCCGAGCAGUCAUCGAUGCCAUCUUUUAAAUUUUCCAAAAGAAAUUUUGACCUUGAUCUUUGCCUAUACACUCGUUGCUGGAGGCGGAGCGGUUGUUACUCCGGCAGUAGUGACUUCUAACUGGGUUGAAUCAUACUCUAAAGCAGAUUAUCGAAUUUCUUUCCCAGAUUCACCUCAUUAUAACAGGCAUAAGUCUUUUGAGAGUGGUUCGGAUGUGGUUCUUCGCAAGAACAUAGGACCUAGACCAGGCAUUCCUGACUCAUCUCCGUACGUCGAGCUUACAAGAGUUCUUCGCCCUCUGAUAGAUGCCACAUGUCUCCGUUCCUGCAAGUACAUAUGGAAGCUUGGAUCACAAAUGUUAUAUGCAGAUAACGCAUACAGCUUCAAGAUGAACGGUACGGAAAUUACUGACUGUCCACCUUCUUUGAUAUUCGAGGGCGGCAACUACCACCGGCCAAGUCCCGAAAAACCUACCUUAUCCCAAGAGGGUAUCUCGGACGGUUCAACAGACAAAGAGUUGUCGGCUAGAGAAUAUGAAUCUAAAAUCGAACGUGUCAUCAAUCAACUUGAGAGACGCGUCCCAAUUCUUGAGUUGGAGGGCUGGGCUUAUUACGAUCCAUUCAUCCGAUUUCUCUACACAAUCGGACCGCAAAAUAGAGCUUCAAUUCGCACUUUACGAUUCACGGGCGCUCCAAAAACCCAUGUGCGAGAAGCCCGCGGGUGCGAUUGUCAUGGUGUAGAUCUGUUACUCAACAUGCGCAUAUACAUCCCCUUUAUCAACAAAUUUUGUACAGGCGUAAAGAAACUUGUGUUGGAUAUGGAUAUGGAUUGUUGCAUAUACAUGGGCAGUGUAGGAAAUGUUAUAAGGAGCUUCGAUGAAGUCUUGAUACCGUUUUUGGGCGAACUUGAGAAACUUCAAAGAGUUCGCAAUCUGGUGAUGAGACGGAGAAUAUUAAUCUAUCCAGAGGACAGAUUCGAUAGAAGAACUCUACGAGGAUAUUGAAUAUGCCAAAGAUACGAUCAAUUCUCUUCGGAACAGGGUCGAAAACAACGUA